UUUCGUGAUCGAUCGACGGAGGAGAAGAGAAGAGGAAGGGGCAGAUCUAUCAUCUAUGGGCAACUGCAAGAGUUCAUCUCGGGCACUGCUAGGAAAAGCCCAUGUUGUUCCGGAUGCUGAAUGGAGGAUGCAGGACUUUGGAAAGACCCAUGUUCCAGAUCUAGAAUGGAGGAUUCAUGACUUCUCAUCGCUGCUUGAGACGGGAGCUAAGUCAGCAACAUCUGCCACUUUUCACUGCUCUGGGUAUAACUGGCACCUGCAAGUAAUUCCAAUGCAUAAAGAAACAGGUUCUGAAACGCCAUAUGUUGCUCUUCAUCUUAUGACAUCCCAAGAAAGGAUGGUGCCAGGUCACACGGUGCAUGUGGUUUUUGAGUUGUCAAUAUACAACCAUUCAAAAGGAAUGUACUGUGGAUGCAAAGCUGGCUGCAACUUUGAUUUCAAGAAUGCCCACUCGAAGGAAAAUUGCUUGAUUCCUCUCCAGGAGCUACUGAACUCAUCUGCUUUUCUAGUUGAUGAUAACUGUGUCUUUGCUGUGGAGAUAUUAAAAAUUGAUGCCUCUUCUCCUAAAAAGAAGGCUGUUGUGCUUCAGAAGAAAGCUACCACAGUUCAGAACCUAUUUGUCCAGAGGAAGGGGUUUGUCAAAGGGACAUACACUUGGACCAUGAACAAUUUCCUUGAACUGGACUUGAAGUACUUCGUCCGUUCUCCUACAUUUGAAGCUGGCGGACAGAAAUGGUACAUCGGCAUGUAUCCGCGUGGUGACUUGUACAGCACUGAUUGCCUCAGUUUGUACUUAUACCUGGAUGCCUGGGAUGAGAUCCGUCUUGAGUCCAAGAAGGUGGUUGUAAUGACUCUGUCCAUCCUGGACCAAAAGAAUGGGAAGCACUUGACUGUAACUUCAGGUCUCUGGGUGUUUACGGGUGGACAUGGCUUGGGAUGGGCUGAUUUCCUUAGACUCAGUCAACUCAAGGACCCUUCUGGAGGCUAUGUUGUGGGAUCGAGCUGCAUUGUGAAGCUAGAUGUUUACCUCAUGGCCUGAUGGAGAGAUAAUGCUAUUUAAUCCUAGCUACUAAUAACCGGACUUAUAUAUGAGACAAUGUUGUGGUAGCAGUACUAAGAACUUGUGGAAUGAUUAGUAGUAGUAAUGAAAGCCGGAUUUGAGAAGUGAGAUGAUUUCACGCAUAUAUAUUUCUACGUAUAUGUGUCGGACAGAAAUAUGUUACUGGAAGUACUUGUAUAUGCAUGGAUGAUACAGCUA